AUGGAACAAACCAAGCAUCCUGGCGAUGCGGAUCCCAUGCAUCAUCUCAUCUGGCACAAGCUCACGUACAUCGCCUUCGAAGGUCUGCCAACACCGGGCCCGAAGGGCCUCACUAUUGCAGUAAUAAUGCCACCCGGUCGCAUUCAUGAUACCCAGGAAAUUCUCUACGCCUUAGAGCGACAGUCCAAAAAGACCCACCGUCGCCUCGGGCCAGUCGAUGAUCCCCGUGAUAUGACUCGUUGA